AUGGACCCCAGCACCAUCCUGCUCUCUCCUCAGUCCCGAACCUGUGCCCACCUGGAAGAGCCCUGCAUGGAGGCGGGGAGGAGCCCAGCCCCACAGGACCUGGCCAGAGUGGCCCCCUUUGCCUGGAGCCAGGUCCCCAGGUCCGGCCUGGCUGACCCUGACUGGUUUGGGGAUGAGCACAUCCAGGCCAAGAGGGCCCGAGUGGAGACCAUUGUCCAAGGCAUGUGUGUCUCCCCUGGCGCCCCGGGGCCAGGCAGAGUCCUAGCCAGGGAUGGCCCGUGUAGCCCGGAGAAGGCCCGGGAGCGAAAGAGGAAGCAGAGCCUCCCCAUGCAGCAGGGGCCCCCAGGGCCAGGCCCUGGCCAGGACCGGGCCAGCAGGAAGGGGCUGGGGGGCCCUUGCGUGAGAGAACAGCUUCACCUGCUGAAGCGGCAGCUCAGACACCUGCAAGCGCAUGUCCUGCAGGCUGCCGAGCCCAGGGACCCAGUGCAGGGCCCAGGCAGCUUUGCCAGGGGCAGGAGCCAGCCAAGAGUGCAGCGGCAGAAUGGCUGGUGCCCGAGUCCGUGGACCGGGGACACUGACCUCCCCCGGGACUCUGGCAGGCAGCUCUCUGAGGGGGCAAAGCACCUAGUGUCUGAGGAAGUCGGGGUCCUUCCUUCGGGACCAGAUGCCGGGCUGCAGAUUCUGAGGGAGGAACUGACUCGGGCAGUGUCCCAGGCUGUGGACUCGGUGUUACAAAAGGUACUGGUGGACCCCCCAGGCCACCUGGCUCAGCCGGACAGAAGCUCCCCGGGGCAGGAGCAUGCCCCUUCAGGGGGAGGUAGCUGCAGAGACCCGCUUCGUAUGGCUGACCCCCCACUGGGGAACUUCUCCCUGGACAAGCCCCAAGAUUCAACUAGGUAUCACGGAUCUCUGAGAAGGAUUCCCAAAUGCUACCAAGACCCCUCAGCAAACUGCCCCUUGACUGUGGCUUCCCACAUCCAGGGACAUCAGAUUGUUAGCCAGCUUCUGGGUCAAGGAGCACACAGCUGCUGGAGCGCCCAUCCCCCCCAGGACAUGUCUUCCCAAAGUCAUGCCUACUCCCAGCCGGCCCCGCCUCCCUGGGGAGCCCUCAGAAGGCUGCCUUCCACCCUGAGUCAGCAGCCCUGCUCCCUGCCCUUCCCAUCCACCCACCUGGAACACCCGCCCCUCCUCCCGCCGGUGAAGGUGGAGCAGGGGGGCCUGCUGGCUGUCCCCAGAGCACAUCCCUUCUCUGUGGUCCAUAUAUCCUUUGGCCUGAAUCCUGGUCACUUGAAGAAGGCCAAACUGCUGUUCUUCUUCACGCGCUACCCCAGCUCCAACCUACUGAAGGCCUGUUUCCCCGACGUCCAGUUCAGCCGAGGCGUCACCUCCCAGAUGAUCAAGUGGUUCAGCAACUUCCGUGAGUUUUACUACAUCCAGAUGGAGAAACGCGCCCGGCAGGCCAUGUCACAAGGCGUCACCAAUCCCAACCUGCUGCUGGUUCUCCGUGAUUCGGAGCUUUUCCGAGCUCUCAAUACGCAUUAUAACAAGGGAGACGGCUUUCAGGUCCCAGACUGCUUCUUGGAAAUUGCCAGCGUGACGUUACAGGAAUUCUUCAGAGCUGUCUCCACAGGGAAAGACUCGGAUCCUUCCUGGAAGAAACCCAUUUAUAAAAUUAUUUCCAAACUGGACAGUGACGUCCCAGAGAUAUUCAAAACUGCCAGCUAUUCCCAGGAGCUGUUUCGGAGUUAAGAGUUAACAAGAAGGCGGUGGGAGGAGUGACUGACCAGACACCUGAGCAGUUUCACCUUAACGAUAAGAAACAAAAGUCCACUGUCAUCCAUCCAAUUCUAAUUCAUAGCGGCACGUAUCAGGCUCUGAGGCUGUCCA